UUUUUUUUUCUUCUGUUUUGUCGUGAUAAUGUGUUUGCUUGUACUUUAUGGGCACGUCUUAUUGGGUUCAGUGGUGCCACUGUUUUGGACACUGAAUGCCUAUCACUGGUGUGCAGUACAGUGUAUCAAAUGCAUAUUAUGAAAAGGCAUUUUGAACAAUUGUGCUUUAUUCUUGAAUAGUUUUGUUACACCUGACUAAACAUUUUACGCUUGUUGCCAUUUAGGCUUCAAAAUAAACGUCACCAUGUUUAGCCGGACUCUAAAAAUAUGCAGACUGCAGUGGGUUUGUUUGAAGUGAAGGCUACCAAUAAAACGAAAGGCACCUUUCUCUCUUUUUGAUAAUUCUUGAAUAUGACUGGGUGUAUAUUCUGAGGGCUCAGAUGUGUCUGUUUGCUUAAAUGAUCUCAGCGGGAUAUAUCAGGGAGUAGACAGCUGGGGAAAACCUACAGUCUGUCAAAGAAAGGGAACACUAUUAGGAACAUAAGGACGAAAAAGAAGUCGAAGAUGAAACCUUUUCUCCUAUUUUGCUACGUGGGCGUUUCUCCCUCAUGUACAUGCCCAUCAACCCUUCCCAGGCAGCACUCUCUUGAAUUUCAUCCACAAAUGACUGAUUCCCAUUUGGGAUUGUGGGCUUUCCCCCACCCUUUCAUUGCUUGAAUACUUUAGCUUUAUAGAAAAAUCAGAUGCAUAGAUUAUUUUUUCAUUAAUUGUGAAAGUCAGAACACAGUGACGAAUUUUACAGAAGCACGAAUGAAAUGCGAACCAAUUCCUUGCUUUCCUAUAAAUUAAACAAAUUCAUGUUUAAAGUGACUCAAAGAUGUAGAGUUAGACUUUUUUUUAUAUCUGAAAUGUAUUUCUUUGUAAAUAAAUACAUGAUCCAUACGUUUUACCCUGUGGCAAUAGGUAGCCUAUUAUACGCCUUAAACUGUAGACAUGCUUGUGAUGAAUUAUAGGUGACAUCAUCUCUGCUUGUGGUUGCCAGAGUUCCUUUUGCUGUUGAUUCUAGACGUUGGGAGGGCAUAUUGUAUUGCACGUUAUUAAAAGUAUUCAAUAUUAUAUAUUCAUUAUUUUCUCGUCGUUUUUGAACCAUCAUUUCAAACAAGUGCUGUAUUAAUUAGCAUACAAUACUCAAAGGUUAAUAAACGAUUUAGAGAAUUGUUUGUUGUUUGUUUGUUUAUCAGGAAUAGUUAAAAAAAAAAACAGCUACUACUAAUAUUUUUUCGUUACAUCAUUUGAAAUGGGACUACUUUAUCAUUCAUGGCAACAAGCUCAGGAAAGGGGAACACAUUUUCCUUGCUGCAUGGAAGCAUUCCUACCCUGAAAAGAUGCUCUGGUUUUCACUGUUUAGCCUCAAAUAUUAUUAUGGCUGGGGUGAAACUGUUCAAAACAAGCGCAGAGGAAAUUGGUCUUUGGAGGAUAUGGCUCAGAAAGUGGUACAUACAGUAGAAAAGGCAGCUUGAGUCCCUGCAGCAAAACUUCAGUUGGGGAAUGUAAACAAGCUUAACAGUGGCUGUUCAAUCUAGUAUGCCUGCCUGUGAUGCAAAACCCAAUGACCACUGCCCACUCCCCAGGCUGUCCAUAUCCUCCAGAACCACCAUGGUCUCCAGCAUGGACAACAGCUCCCCCAGCCCGCAGACCGUGAUGAAGUGGAAGACCGUGCUCGCCAUCUUUGUCGUGGUGGUGGCUUACCUGGUGACUGGGGGACUUGUGUUCCGGGCUCUUGAACAGCCCUUUGAAAGCAACCAGAAGAACACGAUAGCCUUGGAAAAAUCGGAAUUCCUCCAGAAACAUCCUUGUGUGAAGUCAGGCGAACUUGAGGCCUUGAUACAGCAUGCUAUUGAUGCUGUGAGUGCUGGAGUGAGUCCGAUAGGAGAGACAUCCAACAAUAUGAGCCACUGGGACCUCGGGAGUGCUUUCUUCUUUGCUGGGACCGUAAUUACCACCAUAGGUUAUGGAAACAUUGCUCCAAGUACGGAAGGAGGUAAAAUCUUUUGUAUCUUUUAUGCCCUAUUUGGAAUACCUCUGUUCGGAUUUCUACUAGCUGGAAUUGGGGACCAACUUGGGACAAUAUUUGUGAAAAGCAUUGCAAGAGUGGAGAAGGUAUUUAGGAAGAAGCAGAUAACCCAGACCAAGAUCCGAGUGAUUUCUACAAUCAUGUUCAUUUUACUAGGCUGCAUCGUGUUUGUCACAAUUCCAGCUGUGAUUUUCCAAUCCAUCGAAGAGUGGGAGACGCUGGAUUCUCUGUACUUUGUAGUGAUCACCCUCACAACUGUAGGGUUCGGGGAUUAUGUUGCAGGUGGAAACAAAAUAAUCCAUUACCGGGAGUGGUACAAACCGCUGGUGUGGUUCUGGAUCCUGGUCGGCCUUGCUUACUUUGCAGCAGUGCUUAGCAUGAUCGGGGACUGGCUGAGAGUCAUAUCGAAGAAAACAAAAGAAGAGGUUGGUGAGAUAAAAGCUCACGCUGCUGAGUGGAAGGCUAGUGUGAGAGCAGAGUUCAGAGAAACCAGAAGGCGGAUGAGCACAGACAUCCAUGACAAGCUCCAGAGGGCAGCAACCAUGCGGAGCAUGGAACGAAGGAGGCUGGGCCUGGAUCAGAGAGCUCACUCCCUGGACAUGCUGUCUCCAGAGAAAAGAGCCGUCUUCGCUAGCCUGGACACUGACCGCUUCAAAACAUCUUCACAGGAAAGCAUCGACGCCAAACUAAACAACCUGCGGCUCCGGAUGUCCGAGCAGUACGACCAGCAAGGCUCCUCUGAGGAUAACAUCUUCAACAGAUUCAGUUCUUUGACCAGGUUGGCUAAGAGGAACAAAAACAAGGACCUCAAGAAGAACAUUCCAGAUGAUGUCAAGAAAAUAUAUGAGAAUUUUGGGAGCUGCUCAACAGAUGAAGAGAAAAGAGAAGACGAACAGGAAAAGGAGUGCAACACCAGCGUGCCAGACUUUGAAAACACACCGAGAUCCGAGCUGCAGAAUGGAAGUAUACCCAAUGUAACCAAAGAAUACGAUAACAAAUAAUCACUAGAAGAAAAAAAAAAAGCAGACAAAUCCUUAAUGGGUGAAU